CGAGCUGGAAACAUCUCGGCACACUUUGUCUCGCUUUCUCUUUCUCACUUUCUCCACCUCUCAGACUCAGAAACUCGCCCAGGUUUCAACCCAUGUCAAGAAAGUUAAUCUUAUUCAUACCAGUUUUGAAUUAUUGAUACUUUUUCAUUCUCUGAAAAAAAACAAGGAAAAAAAACUUGCAUCAUAACACCAAAAAUCCAUCCUAAAAGAGAUAAAAGUUUGGACGGGACGUUAUUGUUACGCAAAUUUACAGCCUGUUGCGGCCCAUGUUUAACGCAAGUUGAGGCAGUUAGUACUCGUUGGUUCAAGUAGAUUUAACAGAGAUCGACCGGAAGUGGACGUUUUUGCGAAAACUUUCCCCAUUCAGAGAAAACUGGUGGUGGUCGUUUAUUCCGCUUUCGGACUGAAUUAUGCUGUAGUUUAUACACUGUAUUAAGCAACAGAAGGGUGAAUUCAACAUAAUUUUGCGUAAAAGUGAGAACACUCGGCAGACACGAGCGAAAGUCUCAAAAAAGAAGAAGAUCUGUUGUGCAUUCCAAGUUGAAAAGUUUCCUGGGAAAGAAAGUAAGACCGAGAAAUUCGUGUCGGCUGUGACUUUAUUUAACUAAAUGUAAACGCAUGAUGUGACGCGAUGCUGUUACAAGUGUUGUAGUUUUAACAGUUUGUUCAUGGUGGGCACUGAAGAACAUUGAGUAGUAACAUCGGUUAAGUUUUUUUAAGGCUGUGACGAGGACACGGACCAGAGCUCAACUUAAGUGCUUCAUUGUGGCUGGAUUGUGGUAAAAGUUUGUGUAAAUUGUAGAUUCUUUGCAAUGUUGGACCGUUGAAUGUCACAUUUUUGACACGUGUGGAUUAAACGGGGAAAGUUUCUGAAAUUAUGGGGAUUUUAAGGAUUCAAGACUCAACAUUGGCUUCCACAAGUCCUUAAAUUGACUAGUAGCGCCGUUGGUUCAUUACUGCCAAGGAUUACAAGAAGAGUGACGAAGAAGCAUCUGUCCCAAUCUAGCUGCUGAACAACAUCUGCCACCACUCUUCCAUUCUACUUAUGAGACAUAUACCAGUGAGUGUCGGAAUACAAGUUUCAUUUCGUUGUAUUUAGAACUGUCCAUGUAAGACUCUAAUAAUAAGACGAACGACUUUCUCCAACGAAAUAAUACAUCAUUAUUCGGAAAUAAAGAAAAUGCCACUUGGUGGAAAAAGAUCAGCAACAACGAGACCACGUUGAGAGUGAGAAAUGAACAAUGAUCAAGCAAUGCAGAGCAUCAGCAGCAGCAGAAACACGAGGCGAUAAUAAUAAUACUACAACAACUCUUCCUCCUCUUAUGUAACCUUCUACCAACCAACUCAUAAGUUACAUCUGGCCCUAGUUUUUAGAGAUACAUGCAUGUCUCACAUCUCGUGGAACAUGGAAGUGCACACGACUCAUGUUUUAUGGUGUGGAUUCUGUCUAUGAAUUCUUCUUUGCCAGUGAUGCUCGUAGCUCGUCGUAGUGAAUGACUUGGUGGAUAUUAUAACUUUCUCUUUUUAUCUCUCUCCACGUCGCGUUCCACAUUUUCAAGAAGAGAUUACCCCGGAUUAUAGUUUGAUCUCGAAGGCUGGAAGAAAAUGCAAAUGUUAAAAAUAUGGAUUAAUGGAUUUUCACUACAAACUUAUCCUCUAAUCUCUCCUCCUCGUACUCCUCGUCCCAGAAAGAUUGAAAACUUUUAUUAAACUUUCUUUUUUCCAAAGAGAUUUUAAUCUUUUUCUAUACGAAACAAAAUGAUGGAACUUGGCUGUCAUCAGGCUUUGUUCUUGCUUCUCUUCGUAAAAGGGUUCAACUGUUUGUACGACGAGGGUCCAACCUUCAUCGAGGAGCCCGCGUCGAGGAUCGAGUUCAUCAAUGAGCUGGGAGUCCGGUUGAACUGUUCGGCAAAAGGGCGACCAGAUCCAUCCAUCCGGUGGACAUGGAGCGACGGGGCGAACCUGCCGGAAGUGCAGGGCCUUCGUUAUUUUUCCAGCUCAGAUGGCUCAUUAGUGUUUCCUCCCUUCGCGGCGGAGGCAUUUCGCCCGGACCUUUAUUCAUCCACUUACAGAUGCGUUGCGACCAAUUCCGUAGGAACAAUUGUGAGCCGGGACGUACAACUGAGGGCAGUGGUGAAGGAGUCGUUUGAAGCUCAUGUCGAGAGUCAGCAAGGAAUCCAGAGUUUUCCCACCGUGUUGGAUUGUGUGAUAACUCCGAAAUACAUGAGAGAUUAUGUACUUGUCACCUCUUGGGUGCGUGACAAGUCGUUCAACAUCCUCCCAGGGUCACUUGACUCUGACCUAAGUGACUCAAAGUACCACAUCCUGCAAGACGGAAGGCUAUUAAUUUGGCAAUUGUCGUCACAAGAAGCUCUCUCCAGUUACCAGUGUAGAGUCCUUCACAAACUGACACAACAUACGAUAGUGUCCGAGCCGGGGAGCAUCUUUCUCAAUGAGCUGGAAGGAGCAUCUCGUCCAGAAAUCCAAUUCCGAACGCCCAGUGUCAUCGUUAAGGAAAAUGAUAGAGUUAUUCUGCCCUGCAUAGCAAUAGCCCUGCCGAAGCCUUCUUUCAGGUGGUUCAAGAAGGAAGGAAGCCGUCUGAUUCCUGUGAUAGAUGACUCAUCAUUAGAAGACUUGCGGUCGUGGGACGCACAGGACUCGUCAAGUAGAAAAACCUCUUCCGGACUUAUCAAGCUACGUCACGGAGCUUUAAUCAUUACGUCCGUGAAAGUAGUGCACAAGGGUCUCUACCUCUGCAACGCGUCCAACUCUAUUGCAUCCGACUUCCAGGAGACGGAGUUAAUUGUACGAUCGCCAUUAGUGGUGAACUUGCAUCCAGAAAAUGCAGUCGUGGAUUUGGGGAAGAAUGCCGAAUUUACAUGUCAAACAAGCGGGGAACCACAACCCGGACCUGUGACCUGGCUGAAAGAUGGAGUCACGCUCCGAUCCGGCAGUGGGGCUGGAAGGAUACGCUUUUUAAGCCAAAAUAGACUAACUAUUACGGGAGUGGUGCGAGAAGAUCAGGGAAUUUAUCAAUGUUUUGCCAAAAACGACUACGAAACUGGACAAAAAGCUGCACAUCUCAGGCUUGGAGACGCCUACCCUCAAUUUAUCUACAGAUUUAUCGAGCAGACGCUCCAGCCGGGACCAGCCAUUUCGUUGAAGUGUAGUUCAACAGGAAAUCCGACACCGAAAGUUUCCUGGCUGCUGGAUGGAUUUCCUCUCCCACAAAGCGAUCGAUUCCUGAUAGGACAAUUCGCCAACGUGUAUGGAGACGUCAUUUCUCAUGUCAACAUUACGUCGGUCCGGGUGGAGGAUGGAGGCGAAUUUACUUGUACGUUUACCAACACUGCUGGCAAAGCAAGCCACACUGCACGACUGAAUAUUUAUGGACCCCCUCACGUCCGACCGAUGCCCGACAUAUUAGCCACGGCGGGUCAAAGACUUCAAAUUAAGUGUCCCGUGGGCGGAUAUCCAGUAGAGGCGAUUACCUGGCAGUACAACGGGGAGAAAAUUCCGCUGAAUGACCGGCAGAGUGUGUCCUCCAAUGGCACCCUAACCAUAGAGAAGAUGGAACGUUCCGAUGCAGGAAGUUUUGUGUGCAUGGCUGAAAAUAAGGGUUCAACUUCUGAAAGAUCUGUCAAUGUCCGUGUGAUGGUUCGAGCACGAAUCUCACCUUUCGUAUUCGACGAGGGGUUGCAAGAGGGGAUGCGAACGAAAGUGAUGUGCACCACGACUGCUGGGGAUGAGCCGAUAAACAUAUCAUGGGUGAAAGACGGCAUGCCCUUGUCCUCGAACAACAUCCCCACCAACACCAACAACCAUGGACAACAUGGACACUUUGGACACCAGCCUCAUUCACACAAUACGAACAACAACUCACACAACAAAAUGGCGAACCGUGGGCAGCAUGAACAUGAACACGCCAAAGUGUCGAUUCGCCAACUUGAUCAUUUCUCCUCAAUUCUGAGCAUUUCUCCCCUCGAGGAAUUCCACUCUGGAAACUAUAGUUGUCUUGUUUCGAACCAUGAGAAUUCGGAGACUGCAAUUUACAGCGCCUUUCUCCGUGUCAAUGUACCUGCGAAAUGGGUGAUGGAACCGGGAGAUCAAUCGGUAUCUGUUGGAUCGCAUGUUGCAAUCCAUUGCCAAACGCAAGGUUACCCCAAACCAACGGUUAAAUGGAGGCAAGCUGUUGGUGGACCAGAAAGGAAAGAGUUUCGAGAAGUGGGUUAUCGGACCCCAGGUGUUCUCGCGGCUGAGAAUGGGUCCCUUAUCAUAAGCAGAGUCACAGAAGACCAUGAAGGGUAUUACUCCUGCCAAGCGAACAACGGCGUGGGACCAGGAUUGAGCAAAUUAAUUCGACUGAUUGUAAAUGCUGCUCCAAGGAUAAGGAGUCGACCACAGAAGGAGAUGGUGCGAAGGGGAGAAACGGUACGCCUUCGCUGCGAGGCGGAAGGAGAUGAACCCAUUAGGAUUUCAUGGGUGGCCAAAGGGAUUUCCUUAAAUGACACCAAGGACCCCAGGUUUGCAACUAUUCGUCACCCUGCCAGCACUGGAAGCGGUUCUCCUUCCAUAUCCGAGCUUACUAUCCGAGACAUUUCCAUCGAUGACCGUGGCGACUUUGAAUGCACUGCAGUGAACCCUUUUGGACACGACUCGUUCCGAAUCUACGUCCUAGUUCAAGAGAGACCACAAGUUCCUAAAAACUUUCGAGUGGUUGAACACAGCAGCCGCACCGCAGUCCUUUCCUGGUCUCAAUCUGCCUCCCCUGCCGACCAAGAUUCCAACGUGCUGGACUACAUUUUGUGGUACAAGGACGCUUCCGAAAACUGGAGCGAACAAACGAACAAAAAAUCGGCAUCAGGAGACAAGAACUCCAUCGUCGUGACAGGUCUUUCCCCCGCGGCCAAUUACGACUUUCGUCUCUUUGCAAGAAACCAGCUUGGAAUGUCGGAUGCGAGCGAGAUUUUGCAGAUAACAACCGAUGGCGAACCACCCGGCGGCCCACCACUCCACAUUUCGGUGGAAGCCAUGUCCUCAACCGAGGUUCGAGUCUCGUGGCAAGCUCCGGCCAAGGAGUAUCGGCAUGGACGCAUUCUGGGCUAUAACAUUGGCCUAAGAAAAGCUAGGGAUGAGAAUGAGAGUCACAACUGGACGAAAAAGGGCACCACUCAAGAAUCCAGUGCGUCGACAUCCCUCCUCAGCGCAAAUCUCGCAGGGCUGGACAAGUUUACGGAGUAUGAAGUCGUAAUUUCAGCUUUUAAUGAACAAGGACAAGGUCCACCUACGCAAUCAUUCAUGGUCACAACGUUGGAAGAUGUUCCAAGUGCCCCUGCGGCCGCGGUGUCAUGUUCAUCCCCAACCGCACAUAGCGUCGCCGUGAGCUGGCAGCCACUUUCGAGGAAGCAUGCAAACGGGGUCAUUGUUUCCUAUCUGGUCGUCCUGGAACAGGUGGAAGAGGAUGGAGAAUUCUGGAGUGGGAGUGGUGGACCUCCAACAGAACUCGAGUCAAGAGUUACCAAUCAAGCCACAGCGUUUCAUGGACUUUCACCUUAUACGAAUUAUAGCAUUCAAGUUGCAGCUGCCACAAGUGUGGGCGAUGGUAUAUUAAGUGAAUCCAUUUUCUGCAGGACUUUGGAAACAGUUCCCGACGCCCCCGCGGACAUCAAAGUGCUAGGGUCUUCUGGCGACUCUUUUGUCAUAAGUUGGCUCCCACCCAAAACCGCCAACGGUCCGCUGACCAAGUACCAUUUGUACUUGCGCCUCGUGGAGGAGGGAAGUGGACGCGAAAUCCGGACACUAAAGAGAACGGUGCCAUCUUCGACGUCGAGUUACGAGGUGACAGAGCUCAAACGACGGGACGCGUAUGAGAUCUGGAUAACGGGAGAGAAUCGACUUGGGGAAGGUGGCCAAACCUCGGUGGUUAAAUAUGGGAGCAACGCGGCAGCUACCACGACUGUCACCACUAAUGGCAACAUUCCUGCGGGUAUCGUCUCUUUUGGGAGAUCCAUCACGGUUCCGUGGAAGACUGAAAUUUCGCUGGGCUGCAUUACUGUCGGAUCCCCAAAGCCAAUUGUCACGUGGAAGAAAAAAGAAACAAAAACGAUCGACCCUUCAAGCAAUAGCAAGUACGAGAUCAGCCCUAAGGACCUCAGAAUUAAGAAUCUUCAAAAAACAGACGCCAUGAACUACACUUGCUUGGCCCGGAAUCCGUCUCAAUCUCAACACAUCGUUUACACUUUACACGUUCAAGUUCCUCCAACGGCUCCGCUGCUGCAUCCCACACUGGUCACGGCCACUUCAGUCAGACUCCAGUGGAAACAAGGCGACAAUGGAGGUUCGUCCGUUCGAGGAUUUAUUCUCAACUUUCGAACUUUGGAAGGCGAAUGGGAAGAAAUCACGUUGUCCAGGAAGCUCUCCACCUUCCAAGUCGGACAUCUCAAGUGUGGACAAGUCUACGAGUUUUUUCUGAGUGCGUUCAACAAGAUCGGAAGUGGGGACCAAAGUCAGCCCGUGAAAGUUACGACGAAAGGGUCUCGCCCCCUUAUUCCGAACGGAUACCAGUUUCUGGAACCAAAUGCGAUGAGCAUCCGGAUCAAUUUGGCUUCCUGGGAUCCUCCAGACUGUCCCGUGUCCUUGUUCAUUAUCGAGUAUAAAGUCAAGAGCUCUUCGUCAUCCUGGAGUAUUUUAAGACACGAGGUAGGAGACCAAGAAGGGGGAAGAGCCGCGUCGGUGGACAAUAAAGUCAUACAAAUUAAUGAGCUCACACCCGAAACCGAAUUUCAGCUGAGGAUGAGGGCCGUGAAUGGGGCCGGGAGCACGACGGCUGAGUAUGAAAUAUCAACUUCUGUCUUCAAAGGAGGGCUCAGGUCCAGCUCUUCUUCUGGCGGUGGUGGUGGUGGGCCCAGCUCUUCUUCAUCCUCAAGUGACAAUGGUGGCGGUGCUGGCAGAGAGGACGACGACCACCACCACCAUCAACGCCCAUUCUAUCAAGACCUGCAUAUCAUUCUUCCCCUUAUCAUCGCAUCCUUCGCCAUCAUCUCUGCCACCGGGAUGGUGGUCCUCUGGCUGAGAAAAAAGAAAAUCUCCGAAGGGAUGAUGGAGUCGACGAAUUCCUUAGCCUUCCGCAGAGACCCUCACAUCACGUUUGGCGGAGGUCGGGGAGGAAUUGAUUACAUGGGCGAGCGAGAUUAUACCGUGAUUCGUGCCAAACUAAUGCCCGACUGUAAUGAUUACGUUCCAGAGAGUGCAGAUGAUAUCUACCCAUAUGCCACAUUCCACCUGCCAGAGAAGGAAAAUUUGGCUGAAAAUAUUCGUGAAGGGUUUCUGGAACCACCUUCAUCUCAACGGCUGUCAAAUGCAGGAGAGACUAUCCCCAUCCGACAAAUCCCUCGAGGAGGAGGCCAAGUCAGUGGGCCGCAGCAACAUCCCAUGCAGCACUUGGCACAGCAGCAGAUGAGGAGAAAGUCACGGAGCAGUCUGCAGGGGGGUGGUGGAGGUCGUGGCGGCGGCGGCGGUGGUGAGAGCGAGGCUGGCGAAAGUGACGAGUAUGAUGACAGCUGCGGUUCGGACUCGGAGGCCGCCCUGGGCGACGCUGGUCUCAUGAAUGACAACAACACGACCAGCUCACGACUCAAGCUGACUUCUUCUGGAGGAGGAGGAGGACUCCUCUACGCCACGAAUGGCAGGGGAAAUAUGUUCAGAAACAAUGACGAAACUCUGCUCGUUUCUGACCGCAAAUCUUUGCCUCGAGGGGGCAGAUCAAAGUUUUUAUACGGUUAUUCCAGUAAUCACCCCCGCGUCCUGAGUGGAGUUUAUGGUCCUUCGACCACCACGAUGGACCGACACGGCGGGGACUGUGACCUCAUCCAGCAACAAGGCGGGGGGAGUAAGACGGCCACGACGAGUUUUAUCUACGGGCCACCUCCGCCCUCAUCCCAACACCACCUCGAUCUGGACAUGGAGCUUAAUCAAAUUCAAAUGCCUGUGGAAUGUGAUAAUCGAAUUAACAAUGGUGGAAGAAACAUUCUGGGGACGGGAAGAUUUAUGACGAAUUUUCAAACAGGACCUCCUCAAGUUUUAGGCUUGUUUGGAGGCAACCCAAUCUCGUCCAAAAUGAGUAAUUCUGUCCUGGUGAGUACUAACAAUGCUGGUAAAGUUGCUGCUAAUAAUGUAGCUCCCCAGCAGCAAGAACAACAACAAAAUCCGGGAAAUGUUCACUCGGAUUACACUAUUGCUGUAUAGCAUUAGGCUUGUCUUAGAUUCUAAGUUAAGAUUCGUCCCCUUGUUAGAAGGGGCUUUUGAUAAUUGUAAUUUAUUGGGGCAACAAAAGCAAGCCUGCAUACUUACUUGUGUGUGUGAACCUCUGCAUCAGUGUGAGGGCGAAAUCAUCUGCGUAUUCAAUUAGACCAAAUCUUUUAAUGAUCUUUCUGUGUAAAUGGAUGGAGAAACAGGAACGAUGAUGAGGUUGGUGAAUGAACGAAUGAAUGCAUCUCUUGGUGUACAUGCAUUUGUAUUUUGUGAUAUUUUAAGUGGUUAAGUAUACACUUCUUACAACAACAAUGAUAUUAUUCAACAAUAAAAUUUGUACUGAAUUAAAAUUUGGUAAAUUUAA